GAGUGAUACAAAUCCUAUUCAUGCAAAAAAAGUCCCCCUUUUCAGAUCCCGGUUUCAGAUCUAAUUAUCAAAACAUAUCAGCUCGAGGUGCUCGCUCGCUUACGGUAUUCAAACUUUGGAAAUUAGCCUUUCACAGUUAUGAAGAAGGAGUUAAGCCUAUAAAGGUGUAUUAAUAAUCUAAAAUUCUAGAUGGUUAGGCAGGCCCAAAGACGUCGAAGAGAACAAUAUCUCCAUACAGGAUACUCCAUAAUAAUAGAUCUCUUGCCCCGGCUUUUUGCUCCGGUGCAGGUGGUAUCGCAAUAGCGCAUGUGAUCGGUGGGAUCGUUGUUAGAGACGCUGUGCAUCCGGCCGACUUCUUGUGCCAAGCUGCUUUAAAUUGUACAUGAACGACAGGGAAACAAGUUGCAAUGCCACCAUGGAAACCAGUUUGGAGGACUUGAAUAAGGCCAUCUCACUGGCCGUGAAGAAUGGCCAGCCUGUCCUGAACCUCAGCAACCGUGACUUGGCGAUCCUUCCAGACACCUUGCAGAAGCUCCACCAGGUGAAGCGAUUGCUGCUGAACAACAAUAAGAUUAUCAUGCCACCUUCAGAACUGGUCUCCCUCGAGGGCCUGCAGGAACUAACCUUGGACCACAACCAGCUGACUCUCCUUCCCACAGGCUUUGGCCGUCUCAAGAACCUUACCUACCUAAGUCUCAGUCACAACCCCUUGUGUUCCUUGCCAAAGGACAUAGGUGAUCUCAGGAACUUGAAGCAACUGUGGGUUGUGAACACUCAACUGGUGUCCCUCCCUGUGGAAAUUGGCCUCCUGCAGUGCUUGAUAAAACUUGGCGCCAGAGACAAUAUGAUUGCGGAGCUUCCCACAGAAACCACAAGACUCUGCAGCUUGCAGUGGCUGAACCUUGCGAACAACCUCCUCAGUCGGUUACCAGAUCGCUUUGGACGACUUGCAGAGCUGAUGUAUAUAGACUUGAGUGAAAAUAAUUUCAGUGAGGUACCUGAGGGACUGACAGAGGUGCCCAAGUUGGUAUCUUUAGCCAUGGCCAAGAACCAGAUCUGUGCUCUUCCAGAUGAUAGGCUGAUUGGCCUCACACAACUCACAAAGUUAGACCUGAGAGAUAAUCCGUUUAUUGAUAGGCCAGACCAUUGGAAGGGUCUUGGUUUCAUCCUGCUUGGUUCAUCAGUCACUCCACGCGGAGAUGGUCCAGAAGAGAAUGGUUUGGAUGAACCACAGGACCAGGAAGGAGAUGAAACAGACGAUGAGGAGGAAGAUGAGGAGGAAGAUGAGGAGGAGGUAGAGGAGGAUGGUGACGAGGACUGCGAUGUAUGAGUAGGUUGUGCCUACAGCUUGACGAGUGCCUUCAUCUGGUAUCAAAGAUUAGAGAUGGAAACGCUUACUUCUAACAAGAGAGCCUUUCUUUUCCGAGACUUGUCCGUUUAGCAUCUCUUAAAGCUAGUGUUGAAAUGGUGAGGUGGAGCAGGUAGCCAAAAUAUUGGCUCAGUGAUGAUGAUUUAUGAGUAAACGGGUAAUGCGACUUGCGUCACAUUGGAUCAGUUUACCGUCUGGUGUCAAAGAAGAAAGGCUUAAUCUCAAGAAACAAGUUUGCUUUCUGAGCAGUCUCUUUGUGAAAUAUGUUGUCACGUUUCUUGAUGGUGUUCACAGUGGUCGGAACCAGAUGAUGGAUGUUAUCAGCUUCUAUGGGUGCCUACUUCUACCAGUCCAAGGGACACACAUUCUCAGAUAGUUUGAGAUCAAAGAGAGUGGGCAUGGCUGGAGUGUCCCUGGUCUGUUGUCAUUUUGAAUGGAAAUUUUAAACCAUUUUUAAAGGAAUGUUAAAGCAGCUGUGAUGAUUGGAGCAGCCCCGAAAUUGCUUGUGUUGUGUCAUGACAUUAGGGUGCCCUGUUGACUCCUACCAUUCCAUUGAUGGCAUGUAUCGACCAAAUAGUUGAGUGAUGGUUUUUUUUUGCUCUGAAAUAUCUACAUUGUAAGUUCAUUCCUAAACUAUUUACCUGUGUCUAUUUUUCUUUAUGACAGGAAAAUUGAGUAUUGACCGAUUGCUAAAAAAUGAAAGGGGUGAAAGGGGGUUUGAAUAACAUCUUCUUUUCAUACAUUGUAUUCAGACAUUAAUGACCAAGCUCAAAUUUGUAUAUGAUAAAAGUGCUGUAUAAAAAGGUGAACAAGCAAGUUUAAGUAACGAAGGAUUGACUUGAGUGAUGUUUAUCCUCAUUAAAUCUAAAUCUUGCCAAUUUACAAUUUCAAGCUCUAGGGAUCAUGGUAUUAGAAGAAGACGGAGCAAUGCUCAAAAUCCCCCGAUGCCACACAUCCCCACCCUGUUUUUCAUAUGAUGAAAACUGAGAAAGAAGACAUAAGAUUGUAGAUGCUCUCCCAUUUUUUUUGUUUUCCAGGUGAUGGAAAAGGGAAAGAGAGGAAAUAAGAACAUGGGAAGAGAGAUGAUUAGCUCGUGCAACUUGAUAAUGCACCUAUUUGUUUAAGUUGUAAUAAUUAAAAUUUCAAAAAUACUAGAACUUCUACUAUUAGAUAACCACUGAAUGGCAUGGGCUUAAUGAUAUAGGGGGUAUUCUGAGAUCCAUUUUAUCGCAGAUGAAAUAGAAUAUUCUAUCGCCAUUAAAAUCAGUGAGAUAAAAAAUAUCCUUAAAUAUUGAUAUUUGUAGAAUCUUAAAAUCUCUUCAAAUUUGUAUUCUGAGAACCAUUUUUUAUCUCUGUAAGACAUGCUUACUUAUGAAGAAAUAUCCAAUGAGAAAGAAUAAACUGAUUCAUUGUUUUAUUCAUCCAGGGAGACGGUCAAAUUACUGAAGAGAAAAUAAUCUAUUCAUCUUGGACUUAUAUUAUUGAAAUGGAGAACAGUUUCACGUUCAAUCUGGGACGCUUCUUCAGCUUGUCCGAAUUUCGAAAGAGAAAGGCUGUUUUGUAGCACUCUCAUCUCAUUUAACAAAAGAAAAAAAUUCUGCCACGAGGUGUGGUAAAAGAGUGAGAUUGUGUGAAUUCAGAGAAAACAGUAAGUUUUCAAUUCAUUUUCCUUUUGAACUUUUUCUUUUUAAAACAAAAGUCACAAUUGGGGCGUGUCGAAAUAUGAUGACAUGUUGUAAUAUCAAGCAACAUUUAUUGUAAUGGGAAUGGUAUGUUUUCUUCUUAAAGGUUACUUUGAAUACCUAAAUGUUUUAAAUUCAAAGUCAUCCCAAAUAUCUGUAUUUGUAUUUGUGAAAAUAUUUGUUUUUACAGCUAUUUGAAUUUUUACAAGUUUUAUUCAAACAAAUAUGCACACAAUAUUGUUCACUUUGAGUCUCCUAGGUGGGAAGUGGGAACAUAAUGUGAAAGUUUGGAAAAUUGUCUUUCUUUUUUUUUUAAUUUGCUUUUUAUUCUUUAGUAAAAGUUAAUGUGAAUUAUAAUAUGUUAGUCAACAAUAUUAUUAUAUGACAUAUCAAAAUAUGUCUCCUGAUUGUUGGUUGUUCAAAAUAGAUGAUUUAUACAUUAAAGAGUUGUAAUCUUGAUUUGUAUUCCAUUAAACAAUUCUGCUUCAUUCUGAAGUCAUUUAAAUGUUAUCCAUCCUCGUUUUUCCUUCAUUAACAUAAAGCCCAGCGCACAUCAUGCGAUUCGAUGCGAAGCGAUUAUUAAAUAAAUGGCAUUUCAAAUUGAA